ACAAUUUCUCUGCAUGUUACAUCGGACUCUUCUGUGUCCGAGACGCCUCAAAUCUCUGCUACACGCUAGUCAAUACAAGCGGCACGUCGCUCAGGUCCAAGCUUUCGUAAUCACUACCGAUAAUUUACUUCAUGGAAGCUCAGUUGCUCGAGAUCUCGUCUCUACUUAUGGACGAAUCGGCGAGAUCUCUCAUGCCCGUAAGUUGUUCGACCAAUUGCCUCACAGGAGUGUCUCUGUUUACAACUCCAUGGUUAUGGUGUAUUCCCGUGGAAACAUACCAGAAGAGGUUCUCAGACUUUACGAUCAGAUGAUAGCUGAAGGGAUUAAACCAGAUAGCUCAACGUUCACAAUGACGAUCAAGGCGUGCUUAAGCGCUAUGGUUUUAGAGAAAGGAGAGGCUGUGUGGAGUAAAGCGAUCGAAUUUGGGUAUCAAAAUGAUGUCUUUGUAUGUUCAUCUGUCUUGAAUCUGUACAUGAAAUGCAGGAAAGUCGAGGAAGCGGAGAUUCUAUUCGGAAAAAUGACGAAAAGAGACCUUGUUUGCUGGACAACAAUGGUGACAGGGUUUGCACAUGCUGGUAAGUCGUUGAAAGCAGUUGAGUACUACAGAGGGAUGCGAAACGAAGGGUUUGGUAGAGAUGGGGUUGUGAUGCUUGGUCUCUUACAAGCUUCUGCUGAUCUCAGGGAUCCGAAAAUGGGUUGUUCUGUACACGGGUAUUUGAUCAGGACAGGUCUUCUUCCUAUGAAUGUUGUAGUUGAAACCAGCGUGGUUGAUAUGUAUGUAAAGGUUGGGUUUUUAGAGCUUGCUUUAAGAAUGUUUAGUAGGAUGCUGUAUAAAACCGCGGUCUCGUGGGGGUCGAUGAUCUCGGGUUUUACUCAAAACGGGUUAGCCAAUAAAGCCUUUGAAGCAGUGGUGGAGAUGCAGAUACUUGGGUUUAAACCGGAUCUUGUGGCUCUUGUUGGUGUACUUGUGGCGUGUUCGCAAGUCGGGUCGUUAAAGACAGGUAAAGCAAUACAUUGUUACAUCUUGAAAAUACACGUUCUUGAUCCAGUAGCUGCAACUGCUCUGAUGGACAUGUACUCGAAAUGCGGCGUGGUUUCAUGUUCAAGAGAGAUCUUUGAAGGGAUAGGAAAGAAAGACUUGGUUUGUUGGAACACAAUGAUAUCUUGCUACGGUAUCCAUGGAAACGGUGAAGAAGUUGUAUUGAUGUUUGUGAAAAUGACGGAAUCAGAAGUAGAACCCGACCACGCCACAUUUGCUUCCAUUCUCUCUGCUCUUAGCCACUCUGGUCAAGUGGAACAAGGCCAGCAUUGGUUCAGGGCCAUGAUAAACAGAUAUAACAUCCAACCUAGCGAGAAACACUACGUUUGUUUGGUCGAUCUUUUGGCACGUUCAGGGAGAGUAGAAGAAGCUCUUGACUUGAUAAACUCUGAGAAACUUGACAAUGCUUUGCCUAUCUGGGUUGCUCUUCUCUCAGGAUGCAUCAAUCACAGGAAUCUAUGGGUUGGGGAGAUCGCGGCUAAUAAGAUUCUCGAGUUGAAUCCGGAUAGCAUUGGAAUCCAAACGCUGGUUUCUAACUUCUUUGCAACUGGGAAAAAGUGGAAAGAAGUGGCUAAAGUGAGGAAGUUGAUGAGAAGUGGGGACAUGGAAAAAGUACCAGGCUACAGUGUGAUCGAGGUUAAUGGACAGCUUCGAACGUUUCUAAUGGAGGAUCUGAGCCACCAUGAGCAUUAUCACAUGUUGCAAAUGUUGAGGGAUUUGAUUUCUGAGAUGAGAGAUGUAUAUGCAUCAAAAUCUGAUUGUGUGGGUAGUUAUCUGGCCUCCUAAUUACUGUUUGGUUAUGGUAGAUAAUAAAG